AGGGUCACAUCCUUAAGGAGAAGCUCUAGGGCUGUAGCUGCUCCGUCCACAGCAGCCGUGAGCUCCAGUGUUACAAACAGGAAACCUGCCUGACCACCGAUAGAAAUAGUGUAACCUUGCUGCCCGGAGGGGAAACUGUGCAGGGUGUGAGGGCAGAGAGGAGGAACAGGUUUCUUAAGGUGGAGAAAGCCAGGGGGGUACCACGCCAUGGGGCUGAGGGUGCUCUGUCCCCACUGCAGGUGUAUAAAGGGCUGUAACCUGGCUCCAAUGCAGCUACAGGUUGGGCUCUGUGCAAGAAAUAGUGGUGCAGAUGGGACAAAGAGGUUUUGUGGGUGCACAGAGCACAGAACCCAGCCAGCCCUGCAUCCCCAGCUGCAAUGCAUCUUGUUGGCACAGCAAGCACCAGCUUCACCCCUUGCAACCAGGUAACGCUUGCUUUGCUUUACGACCAUCAGCAGCUGAAUGUGCUCAGGGUAAAGGGAAGGAGGGCAAAGAGACUCUCCCACGGUGCCACCCGCAGCCCUCGCUGUUGUUCCGUGACGUGGCCCCAAGAUGCAGCUCGCUGCUUCCUGCCCAUCACCGUGCUGAAAGCAGCACCAGCGCUGCCCACCCCACGGCCCCCAGGUCCCGGUGGAGGUAGAGGUGGCUCCAUGGAUGACACCCAGCCCCUCUUCAUCACCUUCAAAUGCAUCGCUGAAGACAAGGCAGGCAACAUCCAGCCAGGACAUGGCACAACCCUGCUGCAGCCCCAGAGUAUUAUAGAGCAGUGUGAUGCACACAGCAGGGGGGGACAGGGGGCAAUGGAGGGUCCCCAGCCCCCCAUCGCUCCCUGCCAUGUGCUGCAGGGCUGCUCCCAGCCUGGGGGGGUUGCAGCAUCCCUAAGGGCACGUACCAAGCUGUGGUUUGAGCAGACACAAGCGCAUCGGCUGCGAGCUGCAGGGAAUCUGCCAGCUUGGUUCCACGGCUUCAUCAGUCGUAGGGAUACGGAGAAGAUGCUGCAGAAUGAGCCACUGGGUUGCUUCCUGAUACGCUUCAGUGAGAGCACGGUGGGCUUCGUGUUAUCCUACAGGGGUAGAGAGCGCUGCCGGCACUUUGUGCUGGACCAGCUGCCCAAUGGGCAUUAUGUGAUCCUGGGUGAGCACAGUGCUCACCCUGAGCUGGCUGAGUUGCUGCAGCACUACACCCACGUUCCCAUCCCACCCUAUGGAGAGCUGCUGACUGUGCCAUGGGGACAGGACAAGGCUCGUGGAGGGAUGCACACCCCAGAUAGCAGCUCUGCAUCCUGCAAGGCACCAGCAAACCACCCAGAAUACAGCACCAUAGCGAAACGGGUGCCAGGAGAUGGGCAAGCAGCAGAGAGUGGCAACGAGGAGGGACCACGCAGCCCUGCCAACAGCAAAGGAGCAGAAACCAACAGCUCCUCCAUGCAGACACACCACGAAGCCACCCCCACUGAGAUGCUUGAUGCCAAGUACCAACAGCUCAUGCGCUUCCACACCUAUGCAGAGCCCCACGAGGGUGCAGCGCUGCCUGUGGAGCCCAUUCCCUUCUAUGCUAUGGGCUGGGGCUCCAAUCCCAGCCCUGAAGCAAACAUCUAUGCAGAGGUGGCUACAACCCGGCAGGAGCCACCCAGCCGGGGCACACGGGGUCCUGGAUCCAUUCUGACCCCUACCAUGUUUCUACGGCGCCGGUUGUCCCGCAGCCUCUCCAGCCAAGGCUUCCAUAGAAGGCAGCUGCCAGCAACUCCCACUGCAGGCACCAUGCAGAGAGCAGCCCCCCGGCCGACCCCAGAGAUUCCACCACUCCAAAUGAACUCAGCACUGGAGUUUGAUGACCCCGUGUACAGCUUGAGGAUGAGAAGGACCAAGCAAGCCACAGCCCAAGAGAAUAUUUACGAGCAGGUUCCUAGAGGCCACCUCUAAAGGCAAUACAGGUAUGGCCACAGCAAUGCCCAGCCUCUUGUUGGCACAAGGUUUGCCUGCUCUGCUCUUGCAGGGCAGAGGGAGACCCUUGGACCUUGGAGGCAGUUCAAGGCAUAACAGCAGCAUCCAUCAUCUCUGCGCUGGGUUUUCGCACGCCUUUCCUGGCACGGUUGCCUCUUUCCCAAGCUCUGUUCAAAGGGGAUGGAGGAAGAACGGAUUUAAUUUAUCUUCGCAGAAAGAGAUUGCUAUGAAUAGAAUCAGGGUGGAGGAAAAGGCUAUUAGAGCAGAACCAGAUGGGUUUCGGGCAGGGCUGGUGCCAUCCAUGCAGCAUUCGUUGGCUGCUUGAACAAGCCUUGUCCUGCCAAUACAUGCCUUGAGAUCUGCCUGCUUUCUCACCCACCAAGCACAGAGCAGCACCAAAGAACAGAAGAUGAGGAUGACACUGAGUGUGGUUCUCAUCAGUCCCGGUGCACACAGCCACAACAGAAGGGAAAGCGUGUGAGAGCAGCCAGAGACCCAAAUUUGGAGCUUCAAAAAGGACUGAAAAGGAGAACAGAGGUUUGUGCUUCUACCUCUAAGAAAAUCGCUUCCGUUUUUUUCACGAGCCUUCACGUGGUUGCUCAUAAAUGGCUAAAAGCAGAGCAAAAGUCAGCAGUGAUUGCCAUCCUCCUAAGUCCCCUCUAGUGUUAAAAACGAGCAAUUACAGAUUGAAAAGGCAAAAAUAAACACGCAAGCUGCAUUCAGUCCCUCAAAGGGAAUGGAAAGAUGAAGCUAGAAGAGCUCAAAGCCACAACGCUGCAGUGGGGAGAAGCCAUCCAGGUGCUGCCACCCCACAUUCAAGACACUUAACCCUCACUGGACACACAGCAGAAGGGCAAUGAACCCAACAGCAGCACAGCAGAACCCAACCCACGAUCCUCACCUUGUACCUCACACUGCAAACAGCUGCGAUUCGGUUCAUUUAAAAGUUUAUUCCUUUAUCAAAUCUCUUGUCAGAGGAUUUCACUGUACAUAUAAGAUAUGAAUAAAUUACUCAACAGUAACUUUA